AUGUCUCCUCCUAAUGUUUUGAAUUUGGCCGCCAUUCUCAGAAACAUUCGCCCGCCGAAAGACUGGUAUUAUGAUCGUAAAGACUUGAAACAGUACACUGAGAAACAAAUGUUGACAAAGUUCGGAACAGAAAACAGCAAUCCGUUCGAAACUUUGGAAAUAUUUGACUACAUCGUGUACACCAUAACUCGGAAAAUAAAUGCGACGCUGCACAAUCGAAGCUCGAAGAAGUCGAAAGUGCAACCAGCAAGGGACGCAGAGUGCAAUGCGAGACGGAGCGAUAUGGUUUGUUCAAUCCCGAGAAUUAGGUUUCAAAAACGCUAUUGGUUCGGCAAUGAUUUGGACAAACCUUCAAUUGUCAUUACGGGAGUUUCAAUGUAUAAUUUUCUCACUUGUUUCUCCAAGGAUCGGGUUACCUUCUCAUUUUACUCGGCGCCGUUUCAAACUUGGGUCUGGAUCGGGGUUCUCGUCGGAUUCGGGAUGAUUGCUUUGCUAACUGAUUUCUAUGUCCGGGAAUUACUAGGAAUUAAAAGAUUCGACCCAUACUUCUUCUACUUUGGGACCAUCCUCGGCCAAUACACUCCCGUCCCUCCAGCCCUCGAAGAAUCCAACCCAUUCCGCAUAAAUGGCAGAGUGUGGGCAAUCUGUUCAACAAUUUUGGUCCAGUGCUAUAUCGGAUUAGCCAUAACAAGUUUAAAUUCCCCCCUUUUAAAGGAGGUUCCGAACAAUUUUGAAACGAUUACAUGCUCUGGCAAGAUUCCAAUUCCGACUGGAAGCCAACUAACGGAUGGACAAAUGCUAGAAUCUCGAUACUCUUCUCUCUACUAUGCUCACAUUAUACAGGCGCAAAAUUCAAAUUUUUCUCAACUUACCCCGAACUGUUACAACUUGCUUUCAAAACCAACUGUAAAUAAUGUAGUUGUUCCGAAGUGUCUACACUUUUAUGAGUUGCAAAAUAUAUUUACGAGUUUUAUGACGGCACGGGAUCAAACGCCGGGUUGGGUUAAGGAAGUCUUGUACUAUAUGAUGGACACGGAGAAGAGAUUUUAUCCGAGAGGGUAUGAAAAUUAUGCGCCCAGAGGCCGAUACUCGCUUUUGCCAGAUACCGAGGUCAACUCCGCCAUAGAAGAAGAGAUUGUGGCCUGUAGUAAAUCCGCCCUCAUCUCAGAAAGAGGAGAUCUACUCCGACAUCUCUCAUACCUUCAAAGAAACUACCCAUGGAUAAAAUUUAACCAUAUUUCCAAGCAAACUCCCAUUCUGGGAAAACCGUUCGGUUGGGAGUUUGAAACUACGCGAGGUUCCUCCGUAGUAAAAAGUUUCGUUGCUUUAAUCGAGGUUGGGAUUUAUGAAAAACUUAACCAGUUUCUUGCACUAAACGAAUUUAAGAAACGGUUCGGGAAAACGAUAAUAAUCAGGGGGAAGAUGUUACAAGAGGGCAGAAUUAGGUUUGGAAUUAGUGGCGUAAAACUGGGCGAAAGUAUUCAAACAGUGUUUAUAAUUUGGGCAGGUUUCAUAGUCCUAGCAGCGGUUUGUUUUUCUGUCGAAAUUUGUACUAUGAGUGUUAAAAUGAUUAAGAUAAAGAAGCCAAGGAGUGAUUGA